AGCCGGCCUCCCGGAUGCUGGCCGCUAUAAGGCCAGCCGGACUGCGACACAGGCCAGCCAUCGCCCGGACCUCUCUCUUACUUCCCUGCUGCUUCUAGCACGCAUCUAGCCCAGCCCUCAGCCAUGGCAUGCUCCCUGGAUCAGGCCAUCAGCCUCCUUGUGGCCGUCUUCCACAAGUACUCCUCAAGGGAAGGUGACAAGAGCACCCUGAGCAAGAAGGAACUUAAGGAGCUGAUCCAGAAUGAGCUCACCAUCGGCCCUAAGCUGCAGGAUGCCCAAAUUGCAAAGCUGAUGGAUGAUCUGGACCGGAACAAAGACCAGGAAGUGAACUUUCAGGAAUAUGUCACCUUCCUGGGGGCUUUGGCCUUGAUCUACAAUGAUGCCCUUAAAUAAAUUGGGAAUUUGAAGAUGCACUCCAGGAGGCCUAUCCCAGUCAAAUGCAGUGGUGGGUAACUGUAUAAUAAAGUUUUUUUUGGGUCAAAUCUA